GAGCACUGACUGCAGUAACGCUGUGUUUUCAGAUUUGGUUAUCUGUUAUACUCUGUGUUUUCAUAUUGCAGAGCAUUGACUGCAGUGACUAUACCAAGUCCGGUUAUACUCUGUGUUUUCAUAUUGCAGAGCACGGACUGAAGUCACUAUACCAAGUCCUGUUAGGCUCUGGGGUUUUUUUUUAGAUUGCAGAGCAUUUUUUGCUACUGUGUUCAGACUGCAGAGCAUUACAGUAGUUGUACUAAGUCCCCAAUGAAGGCAAAAUAAAAGUUAAGGAUCUGAGUUAUUUUGGCAUUGAGUGAAUUUGAUGACUGUUCACAGCUUAUUUCUGCUUGGGUGUGUCCAUAUUUAAAAUACCCAGGAAGACUUUAGCUUAUUACCAGACAACACCAUAUAAACCCGCACUGUAGACACUAUAUAAAGAGGCCUUUAUAGUGUUAUUCUAUUUUGCUUUUUUCUAGGUACAAUUAUGUGCUAUGGACAGACCGGAGCAGGAAAGACCUUCACAACGACUGGACCAAUGGAAAAGUACCAACAGCGGGGCAUUAUUCCCAGAGCCCUCCAGCAGGUCUAUAAACCCCUCUCACUGAUGGCUUUGAAGACACCAGGGGGAGGUUUAGGAAUUUGUAAUCCUUUAGUUAAUAACACAUAUAAUAAAUCACGCUGCAUAAAUCCAAUAAUAGUUUGUUUUAUUAUUUCAGAAAAUAAUUCAUUUUUAAUACUAUGUAAUAUAUUGGUGGGAGAAUCCAGUGACUCAAAUAAUGUGAGGGCCAAUAGGGAUAUCCUGAGCUGUAUACUAGGCUGGAUAAGUAUCAAGGAAGUUGGAACUCUACUUAUAAAGGUAGUAAUACACUAGGAGUGCAUUAACCCUAUUAUUUUCCAAUGCAGGUUUUUAAAGAGAUCGAGGAGCGGACUGAUCAGUCAGUCAUCGUGCGGAUCUCAUAUCUGGAAAUCUACAACGAGGCCCUGUUUGACCUCUUGGCAACCUUGCCCGAUGUGCCAACGCCUGACACCCAGAUGAGCAUUGUGGAUGCUGCCCAGGGAGUACAUGUGAAGGGCUUGUCUAUGCAUCUUGCAGGCAAUGAGGAGCAAGCCUUAAAUCUACUGUUUGAGGCAAGAAUUUGUGUUACAUAGUAUUUUGUUUAAAUUGUUCUACUCUGUUUUAAAUUACCAAAAUCUUCCUAUUUGGUAGGGGCCACAGUCUGAGUUUAAUAGUGAAUUCAGAGAUUGAGGGACGUGCUUUGUUGUAAAACCAGGAUACAAAGUUGGUUAAUGAGUGCCCUGAUCUUACGCUUGCCUGCAAGGCUUAUUACCGAAAAACAAAUUAACAUCUUCAGCUUGUUAAGGGGCCUCCGCCACAUUACACCUUAAUUAAAUGGACUCAAGCUGACUGAUUGCUGUAAUCUGCUCUCCAGAAUCGUGUGAUGUUUGAAUACAGGGCCUUCUUUCUGUUUUACUGAUAUCGUUAAUAAGAUGUCAGCAGGAAUUGUGAAAGACCCCAAUUGCUGUUGCUGAUGUUUUCCCUAGUGUAUGAGCCUGUCUGUACAUCAUCGUUAGGAAUUUAAACUCAGAAGGUAAAACUUGUGUUUUUCUCUCUCCGUUUCCAAGUGGCCUGCUUACCUUGAGGACCUCAUCGUGACUUCAGGGGUCAGUUAGCUGAGAUGGAGAUCUUUGUGUUUAAAAAGAUCUACUGGCACAGUUUCUUUUUUUUUUUUUUUAAUUUGACAAUCUUUAUUUUGUCAUAUAUCAAAAAGCAGUAUAUGGGGGGUACAGAAUAAAGAAGGGGAGGUGGGGAAGGAUCUAGGCAACGUUGUUUACACGUACACUUUUUCGUCUUGGAUAUGUACAUUAUAUAUUUCACAUCCCACAUCACGUGUUCCACAUUUCCAAUGCUAGCGUAUACAAUUUUACCCAUUACACUUUAAACGGUCAUAUUUUCCCAAUCCGUAUUUGCUGCCUGUCUCUGAGUCGCAGGUGUGGUAUGGAGUGCUGGUCGUAAUAUCGCCACUGGUGUGGUUGGAUCAGUGGGUAAAUUUGUUUUACGACACGCGUAUUGUGUCGUUCGCUCUUAUCCCUUGCGUAUUGUACUGACCCCCUGCCCCUGCGUCCUGGUCUCCUUCAGGGAGUCUGGGUUCUGGCACAGUUUCAAUAAACAUCAAAUAACAUCUCCAGGCUCUCUCUCCUAAUUCCCUACAGCUGACAGUAUGUCAUACUGGAUUAUCUUGUGUUUAAAGGGUUACUCCAGGCAUCAUAAUAACUACAGCCCAGUGUUAUAAUGCCAGGAGUAGCCUAGCCCAGUUUCCCUGGAUUGGAAACACUUUAGGAAUGGUUUGCCCCUUCACCUGAGUCUCUGCAGGGCUCAUGAUCAUCUCUGCUUCCAGUGACAAGCUUCUGCAGUCAACAUUUAUUGGCUGAGAUCAUCACUGACCGCUCUCAGCCAAUGAAUGGCGCCCUGUGCACAAAACUACCAAUAGCACAGUAUUGACAUUACUCAGCUUGGAACUCUAGUUCUAGGUUGACUGGUGACACCCAUUGUAAGGAAACCAAGUGUAACGGACCGUUUUGCCCACAAGAGCUUAAAAACAGUUUAGGCGAUAUUCCCCUUUCAGAUGCACAGACAGCUACUGCAAUCACCAAUCUCCCGAACUGGAGACACACGAAUACUGGAAACAGCUGAACAGGAAAAACCAUCCAAUUCCCCCAAUAACAAGACGACAUUUCGUUUGAGGGUUAAGCAGAAUCUGUUUACUGGCACCAAAAGAACCUUCUUUUAUGCAGGUUUCCCUUAAAUAGGACCACCCACAGGGUUUUACAAAACAACCAAUCAUACACGUACAUUACAGAAACACUCCCAGCUAUUACAUACAAAAAUCCUCCCCUCUGCCUGUGAUAUAAUUAUGGUACACAAUGGUUUAACAUAAUUAACACAGGCAGGAAAAAUACAGUUUUUACACAUAUCCUGUAACUUUAAAACCAUACAUCCAAUCUCCUUCAAAUAUACAUAACCAAAAAUCAGCCAAAUCCAUCCAGGGGUUAAAAAGUUAGCUGGAGGUCCCUUUAUGACUGACCGCAAGCACAUUUUCCUGCCCAAAACAGUUCCAUAGAUUUGGGCUGUUCGGUCGGUCUAUUUCAGGCUGAAAAAAUGACUAAGUCCCAUCGCCGAAUGGGACUUAGUCUCUGCGGCUGAAAGUUCAGUAUGGGAGAAGGUAAGGCUCAGCGGUGUUCGUGGAAAUGUGUAGCCGACUUUAGUUCCAUGAAUUUGGCUACACAUACCGCUGACCUCGUGCGAAUGAACAAAGAUGGCCACCACGUGUUCGGCAAACGAACAAAGGUCACCCAGCAUUGUCAAUUAAGCUGCGGUUAACCGCAGCUUCUGAGAGGUAAAUUGCCGACACACACUCCCAAUACAGGUGGUCCGUCUGUGUGGUACUUGGUCCAGUAAGCCCCAUUUACUGAACCAAGUGGGAAAUAGCCAGGAACAAAGGGUUUUAACCCGGUCUGGGGACACAGGGGACACCGUCUUAAAGGGGCAGUGUUUCAAACAAGUCUGGGGACACCAUCUUAAAAGGGCAGUGUCCCAAUUUUCCCUAUGCUCCAAAAAGGUGCUUAAAGGGCCAGCACCAGUCCCAUAAAAUGUACAUAAGCCCCAAUAUGCCAACCGACUGUCUUAAAGGGCCAUACACACCCAAUAAAAGUCCAUACGUUUUUACAAUUUGCCAGGGGCCAUAGUCUAAAGGCAGCAGGCGGGCAACCUGGCUUCUCCAGUGCAUAGUGGCGAGGUUGGUUCCGCCACACCAAGUAUAUUUCAACCUCAUUCGGUAGUUUCCUCCCGAAUUGCCAGAGCAUCAGUGAUUAUAGCUCUCCGUUUGGUAGUAAAGUAGACGAACUGUAUAGUAAUCCCAAUAGCUUCAUAAGAUAAUUCCCUUAGUAAAGCACAUGAAUCCCCAAACAUCAGCCGAAGUCAAGAAGAAGGGUACAACUGAACUGAGCUUUAAUGGUUGCACAAAGGCUUUUAUGCAAGUCCCCAUGCAAGGGGACAUCCCACAGGGAGGGACAGAGAUUAACCAAUCGGGCACAGUAAAAACAUAACACACACCCACAAUUCCCUCCCCUAGCCCUGGAGAUAAUCAAGUCUGAUAAGUAAUAACUUGAUUAUCUCCAGGCAGAAAAAUCACAUUUUCCCCAAUAUCUGGAACACCCCUUUAUACCUGAGGUAUCCCCACAAAUAAUAUGUCCCCUGAUAGCCCCAAUCUGGGUGACCAACAUAUUCAAAUUUCACCCAGAUCGGUUCAGGGGUUCUCAAAAACUGUGGAAGUCUUCUGUGACCGGCUCAUCGUGGGCUGGUUGCCCAAAACAGUUCCAUGAGUUUGGUGGGUUUUACCGGUCACUUCAGAAAAAGGGAAAAAUCGAAUAAAGUACCAAAUGGAUUCCCCUGGCUCUCAGCAGCGAUUGUUCCCCUCUGUCGAAUGCACCAAAGUACCGAAUAGCGCUCUUCUAGCUAUUCGGGAAUUAGAGUUCCAGCGUUCGUCUGUUUGAGACUGGUGUUCGGGAAGUCGAGUGUCCGAUUUUAGUUCCAGACACUCGACAACCAAGUCCCGCUGCCUUUGUUCGGCUAAAAAAAGAUGACCGCGGUUUUCUCAGCCACGUGGCGUUCGGCAGUACGAAUGCUGGCCACACAGAUAGAGGGGUUGAUUGAUAAGUUCUUUGAAGGUUAAUGAGCCGAGGGUUGGUCUUUGUUCAGUAGUUAAAUCUAUCGAAUGAAUAAAGGUAAAAUGAGGUGAAUAACUAGGGAAUAAAUAGGGAUUUCUUCACACGCAUGAUGCUACUGGAGGUGGAAGAACACCUCUAGCAGCCACAGCAAAAUACUACACAUACAAACUCCAGGCAUUAUGACCACUUUAAUUUACUGGUGUGGUGAUGGUGCUUGGAGUAACUGUUUAAACAUUGAGAAACAAUAAUAUUCAGGCACUUUUCUUCGCACGUAGAAGGUUUUUAGUGAAACCAUAAACCUUUAGAAUUUAAGCGAGACUGCCUUCAUUGUUAGAUCUGUUAAAGGGAUUGUCUGGAGGAAUGUGCCAUUAAAAAAGAGCAAAGUUUGUUGUCAAACAUUUUUUACAUAAUAUUUCUGGUAGAAAACAAAAUAUAGAAAUUGGCUCUGUCACUUUACAGGUUUCUAAAUUAAUUCAUUUUGUCCCUCUAUUUCCCCUUGUUUUUAUUUUUGGGACUCCAGCUUCCCAGUUUUUUUAGUUAUGUGUUCGAUUAUUGCAGAAGUGUAUCCUGAUUUUCUAGAAGGCAUAUAGCCCCUUUUAAAGGCGUCUGGUGAAUCUGAUUUCAAACUUCUGUCGGUAGAGAACUCCAUAUCUUUAUUGUUCUUACUGUGAUGAACCAUCCACUUCUGUAAGUGAAGUAGUCUCAGCGCAAUAACUUCUGUUCUUCAUAGAUCUCUGAUAGUAAACAGGUUAUCACGGAGCUGUGCUGGGACCCUGUGUUUGUUUAUGUUAUGUUAUGUUACUAUGAUUUUGCCAGUUUUUCCUAGGGUAUGAAAUUGGAACUUGUCUAAUCAAUUUCUUUUAUUCAUUUUACUGUGCAGUUUUUUUCAGCUCUAUAAUGUCCAACGUGAGAGUUCAAAACGUCACCUUUGUUUCUUUUCCAGGGGGAGACAAAUCGGAUCAUAGGCUCCCACAUUCUGAAUAAACACUCUUCCAGAUCGCACUGCAUUUUUACCAUUCAUCUGGAGGUAGGUAUCUGCAUUGGCAUUGCUUUCCAUCCCGGAGUGUGUGGCAUUACAGCAGCAGCUGAUUUCAAAUCUAUUAACCCUUUAAAAUAAAUGGAAUCUAACAAGAAAUAUCCUUUAUUACCAGAUACAACCAAAAUGAAAAACAUUUCUACAACUGCAGUAUUGUGAACAAUGCAUAUAUAUCACUUAUAGGGUCUUAUUGUCUAAACUGGGAAUUGUGUGGAAUCCAGCCAAAAUAGGCAACCUAGAAAAUAUAACUGAUUUUCAAGGUUUUGUCACAGUUUGGCUACCUUCCCCUAGAAGAGGCAGUUCCCUUGACAGUUCUCUACAGUCCCCAGUUUAGUCAGAAAAUCCCAACAGGUUUUGAAGAGGCACAACAUUGUUUUGGGAAGAUGAUCUCUGCAGGGGGAGCUCUGGGUCCUAGUUGUUGAGAAUAUAAUUUCUAUCUGUAUUGUGUGAUCAGCAAAUUGCUAACACAUAUAUAGGUUUAAUUUUAGUAGUAGUAAAAAAAUAGCAAAACAAAUAUUUCACAUUUGCUUUUAAACUGUGAGUGUGGAAGUCAAAGUCUGAACACCACUGGCAGCUACAGUUCUCUUGUGUGCAUCUAAUCUUUAUGCAUAGGCGUGCGCACAGGGUGUGCCUGUUGUGCCUGGGCACACCCUAAUCCCCGCGGCACGCCUAUGGAGUGAGACCGGCAGGGGAGAUCUCAGGAUCCCCCCUGUCGGCUCAUGCAGAGCCGGCGCUAUCUGAGCGCCGGCUCUGCUCUCAGCCUCCCUCCCCACCGACCUGCAGGAGAGGACCCGGGGAGCUCUUGCCAGCAGCUCCGCCGGGUUCCUCUUGCGAGAUCUGAGUGUUGCCGCGAUUACCGCGGCAACACUCAGAUCUCGCGAGAGUGAACUCUAGCCCCGCAGGCUAGAGUUCACUCUCCCCACUAGGACCACCAGGGAAGGCAGAAAGGAUCCCCCCUCCCUGGCAUAAGGUAACAAGGGAGGGGGGAUAUUAAGCAAUCUGCCCCCACCACCAUUGGACCACCAGGGAAGGCAUCAGCACGGUCUCCCCUCCCUACAUAAGGUAAGAAGGGAGGGGGGAUAUUUAUUAACUAAUCUGCCCCCACCUCCACCCCCACAAAUCACCCAAACUGCACACACAAAGCACCCACACACAUAGCACACACACACACAGCACACAAACAGCACACACACACACAUACAGCACACACACACAGCACCCACACACAUACAGCAAACAAACAUCACCCACACACACAACAUCCUCACACAUACACCACACAAACAGAACACACAUCACCCACACACACACAGCACGCACACACACAUACAGCACCCUCACAAACAAACACAGCACACAAACAGCACCCUCACAAACACACACAGCACACUAACAGGACCCUAACAAACACACACACAGCACACUAUCAGUACCCUCACACACAGUACAUUAACAGCACCCUCACAAGCACACACACACAAACACCCACAUAGCACACUACCAGCACCCUCACACAGCACACACACAGCAGUGUGUAUGUAUGUGUGUGUGUAUAUAUAUAUAUAUAUAUAUAUAUAUAUAUAUAUAUACAUAUACGCGGCUUGUGCUUUAGGGUGCACACCCUAAUGCAAUAGGCUGCGCACGCCUAUGUCUUUAUGUAAUCCCAUGAUAUGCAGCACGAGGAAGUGCUUAUUAUGUGUGUACAGAUAACAUUCUGUUAGGUGCCUAGAUUGUAAGCUGGGUUGAUCAGAUCCUUCUUUAUCUUCAACUAUCCCCUUUCCAUGAUGGUAAAGUGCUGCAGAAUAUGUUAUCGCUCUAUAAAUUCUAAUGAUAAUAAUACUAAUAGGUAAGGCUAUUGCAUGACAGGUGGAUAUUAAAGGGACACUAUGGGCACCCAGACCACCUCAUCUCAUUGAUGUGGUCUGGGUGCACUGUCCCUGUCCCCCUUAGUCCUACAAUGAGAAACUGCAUUGUUUACGUUGCAGGACCUAGACUGCCUCUUGAGGCGCUUCUGGAAUUCUAAGGGAAAUAGCAAAGUCUCCAUUAGUGAAAUACAUAUUAUAUCCAAAUACCAAGUAAACAAAGUGCUGUAGAGGCUGUCCCUGACGGCCCACUAACAGAGGAGAGCUAUCUUAUUCUGAAAGCCAGCAUAGAGCUGUUUGUAUUAUUGACCCGAUGUCAAUUACAUCCAUACUAAAGGAAAAUCGUUAUCCACUGGGCACUGUGCUGGUGUUCUAUCAAAUUCCCCUACCUCGUGAAAAUCCCCUACCCUCCUCACUUCCGGUGAGGGGAAUCAGCUGGAUCCUGUGGUGCUAGCACUCCUGCUACUCCUCCACAGCAAAGUCCUGGAAGGUAAGUAAAACUAGUUUUACACUUUCAUUAUAGUUAGUGCAUUCACAAAGCUUGGGCACACAAGACAUUUAGGGUUAAGUGAGGGUUUAAAUUAGGGUUAGGUAAGUGAUUUUAACCUCUCUCACACCCUAUUCUUACCCUAACCCUUGGGGUAAGGGUUAAAAUAAAGUGUGAGAAAUCACUAUAUGAACAAGUCCCUAAUCCUAACCCUAAUUUGAACCCUAACAUUAACCUAAAUGUCCCAUGCACUAACUAUAAUGAAAGUGUAAAACUAGUUUUACUUAGUCCAGGACCUUGCUGUGUUAAUGGCUGUGUUACUGACCUUCCAGGACCUUGCUGUGAAGGAGUAGCAGGAGUGCUAGUAGCAUGUGCAGCACAGGAUCCAGCUGAUUCCCCUCACCAGAAGUGACCAGGGUAGGGGAUUUUCACGGGUAGGGGAAUUUGAUAGAACACCUGUUCCUCUCACAUAAUAUUGAAAAAAUCCUCCUUUUAUAAAAGGUACAGUGAGCUACUGGCCAGAUUCAAACAUUUUAAUUUAUUAGUAAUGGGCACAAUAUUCCAAAGCAAAUCUUCUGUACUCUUAUAACCCAGACCAAAAUUUUAUGCAACAAAAAUAACUGUAUCUGACAUUCAGGUAAGUAUAAUUCACAUCAAAACGAAAGAAAUCAACGCAUUGAAAUUGAUCUAAAUAUUGGAAUCAUUAUUCCAUAUAUAUAUAUAUAUAUAUAUAUAUAUAUAUAUAUAUAUAAAUAAAUUCUAAGUAAGUAUCCUAAAAUGUUAUCAUAAAGGAGGAAGACUCAUUCUAAAAAUCAGAAAUCUUCUUCCUCCAAGAGAAAUCAUGAGCCACUUGAAUUUAAUCAUCAAUAAAAGUGAGGGAGACAAAUGAAUACAAAUUUUAAAUUACCGUAUAUACAAUAUAAAUAAAGAUCAUGUUCAAAGUGUUAAACACUAAAAAAAAGAUGUAGAAUUAAAUACCUCAUGAGGUCAAAUGAGGUUAAGGUUUUAAACUCCUAGCUGUGCCUUUUAACAAGUAACACAUAUAUACGUAUAAAGUGUGCAGUGCUUAUUGAAUAAUAUUGUGCCAUGAAUAGUAAAGUGUAAUAUGUGUUUAAAUGUUAACACCUGCCACGGUAAGUGUUAAAAUCUUGAUGAUUUGAUUCAGAUGGGAGAAAUGUGUGUUAUCGGUCGGCUCAGCCUAUGUAACUAAAUCACUAAGAAGUGCACAUUUUCAGUCUCAUUCCAGGACGUUAUCUGAUGCAAAAUACACCAUGUCCAAAAUAAACCUAGUGGAUCUCGCAGGUUCUGAGAGACUGGGGAAAACCGGGGUAAGUAGGUGAAAUAUUUCCACAUGGAAAAGUGUGUUAUCACCCCUGGCAUGACUCAUUACUUAAUACAGAACAAAAGAGAGGUUAUUGUGAUUCCCAUCAAGCUUCUCAGCCAGCCCAAAGCAUUACAGAACUAUAGUUCCCAAACACCUGGGCAGCCAAGUUUCGCCAUCGCUGUAUAAUCCAGGUGUUCCGUGCAGCUCCAUUUAACUUGCCACAAGCUAGUCCCAUUUUUGCAAUAUUACCUCUGUUCAAAACCAUUGGCUUGAUCCGAAGCAUUCAGUUAUGGUAUGGAAAUCCCACAAAGUACAUCUGAAGAACCAGAAAUAUAUUGAGUGCACAUUAUUAAAUAGUGCUGAAGAUCCUCUUCUAUCUGGGGAUUUAAAUGCACAGUCUGCAGUAGUAGCGGGGUGUCCGAGUAGUUGCAACAGUAGAUCUUCAUAUGCAGUGAAAUCUGCUGCUGCAGCACAUCUUCUAACAAAGCCACUAGAACAUUCAUUAUUCUCCAGUAUCUGCAGAAUCAAAUGUUGAGACUGACCGUCUGCAAAGAUCUAUAAUGACUGCCACCAAGGCCUCUUCUUGCCAGUGGCUGUGAAUGUUUAACUAACUGCAAGACAGACUGAGCCAACUGAUAAAAAUAGUACCUAGCAGGAAGGUAAUUCAUGGCUGCAGUUAGGAAAGAUUCCCUUCCCUAGCUCAGGUAUUUUAACAGCUCUGCUGUGUAAGCCUUCAAUUUGCUGUUCAUUUGGCAAGUCUCCACAAUUACCAGUUUAGUUUUUUAGGUUGGUUCCCCUGUCAGCCUCUAAUUAGCAUGAAUAAUAUAGACGGAUAGAUACAUGCAGCUGUUUUACAGCAUUGUACUUUAGUUUUGGGAUGGUAAUUAACUCAUGUUAUUUUUCCUGUUGUCAUUGGCUGUGGUCUGUUUCAGUCUGAAGGGCAGGUUCUGAGAGAGGCCACAUACAUCAACAAGUCCCUGACUUUCCUGGAGCAGGCAAUCAUAGCUCUCACAGACCGCAAGCGUGAUCACAUCCCUUUCCGACAAAGCAAACUCACUCACGCCCUGAAGGAUUCACUGGGUAUGGAAAUUAUGUAUACGUAGAGCUCUCGCUUUCUCUCAUAAUAUUACAGUGACAGAUCCAUUCUAUAGAGACCAGCUAACCCUAAAUGAGUAGGACAUUCCAUUCCAUAGAGCCCAGCUAAUGCUUAGUGAGUGGGACAUUCUAUUCUAUAGAGCCCGGCUAACACUAAAUGAGUAGGACAUUCCAUUCUAUAGUCCGGCUAACGCUAAAUGAGUAGGACAUUCCAUUCUAUAGAGCCCAGCUAAUGCUUAGUGAGUGGGACAUUCUAUUCUAUAGAGCCCAGCUAACACUAAAUGAGUAGGACAUUCCAUUCUAUAGUCCGGCUAACGCUAAAUGAGUAGGACAUUCCAUUCUAUAGAGCCCAUCUAAUGCUAAAUGAGUAGAACAUUCCAUUAUAUAGGGCUCGGGUAAUGCUAUAUGAGUAGGACAUUCUAUUCUAUAGAGCCCAGCUAACGCUAAAUGAGUAGAACAUUCCAUUCUAUAGAGCUCGGCUAACGCUAAAUGAGUAGAACAUUCCAUUCUAUAGAGCUCGGCUAAUGCUAAAUGAGUAGGACAUUCCAUUCUAUAGAGCUCGGCUAAUGCUAAAUGAGUAGGACAUUCCAUUCUAUAAAACCCAGCUAACGCUAAAUGAGUAGGACAUUCCAUUAUAUAGAGCUCGGCUAAUGCUAAAUGAGUAGGAUAUUCCAUUCUAUAGAGCCCGCCUAACGCUAAACGAGUAGGACAUUCUAUUCUAUAGAGCCCGCCUAACACUAAAUGAAUAGAACAUUCCAUUCUAUAGAGCUCGGCUAAUGCUGAAUGCGUAGGACAUUCCAUUCUAUAGAGCCCGCCUAACACUAAAUGAGUAGGACAUUCCAUUCUAUAGAGCUCGGCUAAUGCUAAAUGAGUAGGACAUUCCAUUCUACAGAGCCCGCCUAACACUAAAUGAGUAGGACAUUCCAUUCUAUAGAGCUCGGCUAAUGCUAAAUGAGUAGGACAUUCCAUUCUAUAGAGCCCGCCUAACGCUAAACGAGUAGGACAUUCCAUUCUAUAGAGCCCGCCUAACACUAAAUGAGUAGAACAUUCCAUUCUAUAGAGCUCGGCUAAUGCUAAACGAGUAGGACAUUCUAUUCUAUAGAGCUCGGCUAAUGCUAAAUGAGUAGGACAUUCCAUUCUAUAGAGCUCGGCUAAUGCUAAAUGAGUAGGACAUUCUAUUCUAUAGAGCCCGCCUAACACUAAAUGAGUAGGACAUUCUAUUCUAUAGAGCCCGCCUAACGCUAAAUGAGUAGGACAUUCCAUUCUAUAGAGCCCGCCUAACACUAAACGAGUAGGACAUUCCAUUCUAUAAUAUCUUCUGAAAUGUAAGUUUUCAGAAAAGUCCCAGACCUUCUCUUUUUGGAAGCCGUUUGUGUCACUUAUCAAUGUAUAUGGUAUAAAUGUCAAAGCCUAUAAAUAACCUUGACAUUUUUAAGAUUUUCUUUCCCCGCUUAUUGCAGGUGGAAACUGCAGCACAGUCCUGGUGGCAAAUGUGUAUGGUGAAGCUAUACAGAUUGAUGAGACGGUGAGUAAGGGAUUCAAAGUGGAUUUCAAAUUUGGAUCAAAGUAACCAAACUGAAAAGCCAACAAAUCUGGAAUUUGUUUUCCAAGGUUGGUAUUAUAACCUGAAUUCCUGGCAAUAAGCCUGUGAGUGGGUUGACUAGCCGGCCUGAAUCUGUCUGCUUAUUUCAGCUGGCAGCCUAUGUACAUACACUAAAGAUGAUGUAACUCUGACGUGUAUAAAUGUGACAAGAUUUUAUAUUAAAAUACCAACUUCAUCCACAGUGCAAAACAGAACUUCACAUGAUCAUUUAAUUAGCUUUGAAAACCUUCUUUCACUGUAAUCAACAAUUCACUUGUCACGCCAAACAUAACAUGUUUAGAGCUGGGAUACCCAGAUCAGUCUAAAUGGAAUCACUAUGCUCCUUGGUACAGAACUGGCAUAUCCCAGAAUGCUGAAGCAGUGUUACAGGACUUGUUUGGAAACACUGAAUAAGAGAUCAGAUUAUUGUGAAACAAGAUCCGUGUUAAUACAUUCCUCUGUGUGUGAGGAGUCUCAUUUAUUAAGGCGUCAAUUAGUUCACGAAUUAUGUCCACAAUGACUUCUGAAAUUGAAUGACGCUGGCUUUCCAGGCUUUUUUUGUUAGUAUUCCAGCAUGAAAACAGUUAAAGGAGUAGUGUCCAUAUGUGUCCACUAUUUCUAGCACUUAGAGGGAACACUGUUUGCCAGCUGAACUGAGGGAACCUUCAUUAUUUCAUUAAUUUAAAGUUACUACGAACACUUCAGGUUCUGCUCUAGAAGCUGCAGGGAAGUCAACAAAUACUGAAUUUCAGGUAACCUGAGCUCUGUUCACCUUAACAUUAGCUGGAUCUAACUGUUUGGUAAAAAAAAAAAAAAAAUCUUCUUCACACAAUUGGGACAUAAUAUGUUUAAAAUAACACUAGUACGUUUUGUGACACAGGAAUGAUUGUAUUUCUAGCUUUCCACCCUGCGAUUUGCCAGCAGAAUGAAAUGUAUUCCGGUCGAGUCGGUUGUUAUUGAGCACUAUGACCCACUGGUAAGUAUACGUAUUGGGGUAUCUGGGUAAGGCAUAUUUCUCCAGUAAUCUGAAUAUAUUAAUGUUAACCCAAAGCACACCGUUCUAAGUUUCACAAUAUAUCAUACUCACAUAAUGUAACUGUGGCAUGUACUUAGAGACCCGCAACUGUCAUUAGACAUUAAUUCCCAUCACCCUCAGCCAGCCGGUACUUGGAAUGGUUAUUUUAGAACUCAAAGUAUAUACAGUUACUAUUAUUUUUAAUAUAAUAAUAAUAUUCCAAUUCCUACAAGAGCUGCCUAGAACAACAUUGGCACCCACAUUGAGUUUUACAGCAUUACAUGAAUCCAAUGUUACACAGUAUAGCUCCGGGUGGCACCACAUGUGUAAUGGGUGACAACUAGGUGACUAAUUCCUAUCAAUGAAGAUUCUCACUAAACUGGGGAAUUCUGGGAAGUAGUGCGAAUGCUUGUGGGAGUUCUGCCUGCCUUCUGUAAUAAGGACAAAUCCAAAACCGUUAUGUCUUCGGAAAACGUGAAUGCAUCCAGAGGAAAACACACGUUAGACCUGUGAGCAACUCCCAUGGACAGCUGUGUGUUUGUUCUGUAUUGCAAAGUAACCCUAGAAGGUAAAAUGCCUUUGCUCUUUUUCUUGUAGAGAGUUGUAAAAAAUCUCCAGAAAGAGAUUGAGCAUCUGAAACGGGAGCUGGCCGUCCACGACACUUUGGUAAGAGCUAUUCGUUGUCAUUAUCUGCAUUAUCAAUGCAUAGUGGAGAGCAAACCAGGACAGUAUUGUCUGGUAUCCAACUGUCCCUCUGCUUUCAGGCAAAUCGAUCACCGAUCACAUAUGAACCUUUCAAUGAGAACCAGAUAACGGAGAUUAAUUCUCAGGUCCGCAGGUAUCUGAAUGGGACUCUGGAUGAGAUUGAGGUGAGUGUGCCACACUUUUAAAAACAUAUGGUUUAUUUCUUCCCCGAGAAUAGUUUAUUAAUCUGCUUGUUUUUCUCUAGAUGCUAAAUCUCCGGCAAAUCCAGGAAGUUUUUUCCCAGUUUAGACGUAUCUUGAGGUAGGUACCUGUGUAUAUAUAGCAACACGUUUACUCAGGAUCUGUUACUUUUAAUGCCCUAACCUGUCUUUUCACAGUAUUAACCUUUAAAAAAUAUUACAAUAAUAAGAUCAAUGUGUUUUCUUUAUUACACCUUCCACUGCUCUCUAUAGUUUCUUUUUAAAAUAAAAUAUGUCCACAGGCUGCAGGAACAGGAAGUGGAAACCAGACUGAAGCAAAAAUACAUCUUUAUUGACAAAACAGACAGUGCCGCCAUAUCUGCUGCGCAAAAGGUGGGAGUAUGGAUGACUGUUAUAUUGCACAAUAUACCAGCCAUGAAUCACUGUGCCAACCAUAUAACAGACACUAUACUACUACUUUAAAUAAGUUGUGUUGACUGAUAAAAACGUUACUUGAUUACAUUAAUUAAUUGAGUUGUUUGGUCCCAUGAUUGUAACUGUCAAAUCAGAAUCAGAUCACUAUUGACUUAUCCUCCACUCGACAGCCAAGCAAACAACAAGGCAUCGAAUUCAGCUCAUUUUAUUUUAAACCGCACAUAAAAUUAUGAAAUCUGUUUUAUAUUUUUUUUUGCAGUUCUUGUCUGUUCUUUGUCUGGUCACCAACCAACCUAUGUUCUGAUUGACUGAAAAAAAAUAACUGAUAGCAUUUUAAAUGGGUCGGUUGGUUUACAUUUUUACAUAAAAUAAUGAUAAUGAUUUUUCCCAUUGUGCUGUUUUUUUUAUAUAAGGGGCACCCCUACAGGGAAUUUAAUCCCAUACUUAUUAACGUAUUUUGAGCACAAUGCAUGAAAAGAGAAGACAGAUGCUCCAAAGUAUAUUUCUCUUGUGCGCCAACGUUUUGGCAGAUACCUUCUCCAGCCAUUGAAUGUGUUGAUUAUGUCUUAUGCCAGACUGGCUUGUUAGAUGCAGAUGGACAUCUGGUCGGUGAAGUGGAUGGGCAAAGUUUUGGCAUUGGAGUUGCUCCGUUCUCGCCCAAAACAAACACCUCUCUAUCUGGCCGGAAGGCCAAACGCCGCAAGUCUAAGGAUGCCAGGUGAGAUGCCAAUGUUAUUGUUUAUCCCGUGCAUGGUUGCCAUGCCAAUGAAUGCUCAAGUGAGAAUUGUGCACUUGGCCUAUAACUGCCCCUUAUUUAGUUAAUUCAUGCAGAAGUCCACUUGGCAUUAGCCAAGUGGCAGAUGAGGUGACCCUUUGCACAAAUGUCCCCCAGCCUAAUCAGAGGCGGUGAGUGUAAAACUAAGUGCAUGUGUAAAGAUUUCACAAAGCAAUUCCACAACAGGAUUUUAACACAUAAGUUUAAAUGACCCUUCUUAUGCUUAAUGUGUUAACGCGGAUGGAUUUGAUCGCCAUUUAUUCUCAGCUCUCAUUCUGUUACUCUCAGCUCCGUGAGCAGGAGAGAAGGGAUCAUAAGCCCAGGCAUCAGCCAAGAUCAAGAACUAGUUUCGGCAACAAAACCUGCACCUCUGACUGCAUCUAUGAAGGAGCUAGAGGGGAGGGAUGGGAUAGCCAGGGAGCAGGAUACCCGAGCAGCAGAUAACCCAUAUUCAGAGCAACCAGGAAAAGAAGAGAUCGGCAGACCCAGGUGAGAAUUAAAAUGCAUAAUAAAUGCGCAUGCUGCAGUUGUAGCUCAGUGAUCUGGAUAAUUGUAACAUAUUUCUGUAUUUUAUAAAUUCUAAUAACUUUAUUCUUGUGAAUGUCAUUGAGAAAUAGAGGGAGGUGGCAAUAAUAGUCAUAUUUGCUCAUACAAUCUACCAGAAUCCCAGCUCCUUCACAAGCCCAUUUCCAUAUUGUUCCUGCUGUAUUUUAUAUAAUGAGGUUAUUUCGAUCACAAUUAAAUUCCUUGUUUGUAUUGAUAUUAAACGUUCAUAGGUUGACUUACUAGAUCUGUUAAGCAACUCAUUUACUGCAGCAAAUCCAAGUUUGAUGUUUAAAAAUCUAUAUGACAAAUUUCCCAAGAUAUUGUGGCCAUACAUUGGUAGAUCCUAUGACAAGUGCAAUGCAUGUCCUCUGUAUGAAGAGCACUGGGAAAUAGGCAUCUGUCCUUUCCUCUUUUGCCUGUACACAUCAGCGAUAAUAUUUAUCCAAAGAAUUUGCUUAAAAAGUGUAAUUUGACCCCAAAAAAGUACAACUAUAAUCAAGGUCUGCCAAUGGCAGCGUUGAAGCCAAACUCCAGGACUUGUCAUUGUAUCUGUUUCUCUCCAUACAGCACGCCUCCUGCUAAACCAGCCGCUUUCGAGGAAUUUAAAGCUGAGAAAGGAAGCGAACUGAGCAAGAUUUUUAGAGAAAACAAAAGCAUCCUAUCAGACCGCAAAAAGAAACUAAAGGAGAUAACACAACGGAUAAACAUGAUCAAACAAGAGAUCGACGUGACCUCCCAGGAACUCAAUGUAAUGAAACUAGAGCGAGAGAAGGAAGGUAAAUAUUUCCGAUUUUGCAUUUUAUUCUACAUGUUAAUCUGUACAGUGAGCAUUUCUGUGAGAAGAGAAUGAAUUCAUUUAUUAAUGUAUUUUAUGUAAUAUGUUGGGCUCAUAUCGAGCAUGCAUGUUAGGGGUAAAGGGGAGUCUCUGGGUACUGAAAAUAUGAAGUUCUCAAGAUUUAUCAAUGCCCAGAUUUUCCAACACAUCUUUCAGAUUAUAGAGAAUACAGACUGGAUAUCAUCCUAACCAAAGUCUGAAAUCUGGAACCGAAUGUUGAGACUCAGCAACCGAGUUUGUAGGCAGAAAGCUGUCACAGAGGAACCCAAUACCCCCAAUCAGGGCUUAAAAUGUAAAUCCCUACGCCUCUAGGGGGAGAAUUUCCAUUCACCAGAGGAGAGUUUCCACUCACCGGGGGGAGAAUUUACGCUAGCGGGGGAGAAUGUACAGUCUGCAGGGGGAUAUUUCCAGUAACAGGAGAAUUUACAAUCACUGAGGGAUAAUUUUUGAGUGGAUAUUUUGAGUCCUGCCCCAAUAAUCAAACAUAUUUAUUAUUAAUGUAUUUAUAUUAUUUAUUAAAUUCAUCAUAUUUUAUUAAUAUAAUUGAGAUGCCAGUGGGUAAAUAUUGCAAGUUUCUGCAGGUUUACCGGCAAGAAGCAGGUAAUUCUUUCUGUGAGCAGACACUGAAUGGUACAGAAUAACAUGUGCUACAGAUUGAGAAGUGAUUUAGUUGAAAUAUCCAAAUUUCACCCAGAUUUGCCUUUAGGAAAUACGAGAAUUGCAAAUUGUUUUGCAUUUUGGUAUUUUUAUCCAUGUUUGAUCCAGAUUGCAUUAGUAUAUCACAGAAUAACCCUCUCUCUGUGACUUUUCCACAUCAGCACAUUGUGGUACUUAUGGUGCUAGGAGGCUAUGGAUGCUGCCUGGGUAAUGUGAAAGUUAUCUGCAUUAUUCGUCCAAAGUGGUUCAACCAUGGCUGCGAGCUUUGGGGUGGGUUUAGCCCAGUGAUUUCAGCCUGUUAUGGCUGUCCAAGGUUGGCUAACAUCACUCAUAUGACACAUUUCUCAUGCUCCAUUUAUUGACCAGGUGAAUAUAUCAGUGAUGAUGGGCAUGUUAUAAUUGAUGAGAAGGAGUUCAUGCUGAUUAUUCGGCUGAAGGACCUCAAGAAGCAAUACCGGGCAGACUACGAGGAGCUGCAGGACCUGAAGGCGGAAGUCCAGUACUGCCAGAAGCUGGUAGACCAGUGCCGGCAGAGACUCCUAACAGGUAAGAGCUACAGUGUACUUUACAGAAACUUUGAGGUACUUUCCAGUGAUAAGCUAGGGAGGUGAAACCCUGCAGCAUUUCAGCUGUGCUCAUAUAUAUAUUAACUUUGACCAGUCUGAGUACAGUUUACUUUAAUGACAAGUCUGGUAGGUUUCUGCUCACAUACAAAAACACUUUAACAGCAGCCAGUUCCUACAAAAUAACAUCUGAACCCCGCAUAGUUCUUUAGAACGUACCCUGAACCCCGCAUAGUUCUUUAGAACGUACCCUGAACCCCGCACAGUUCUUUAGAACGUACCCUGAACCCCGCACAGCUCUUUAGAACGUACCCUGAACCCCGCACAGUUCUUUAGAACGUACCCUGAACCCCGCACAGCUCUUUAGAACGUACUCUGAACCCCGCACAGUUCUUUAGAACGUACCCUGAACCCCGCACAGUUCUUUAGAACGUACCCUGAACCCCACACAGUUCUUUAGAACGUACCCUGAACCCCGCAUAGCUCUUUAGAACGUACCCUGAACCCCACACAGUUCUUUAGAACGUACCCUGAACCCUGCACAGUUCUUUAGAACGUACCCUGAACCCCACAUAGCUCUUUAGAACGUACCCUGAACCCCGCACAGUUCUUUAGAACGUACCCUGAACCCCACAUAGCUCUUUAGAACGUACCCUGAAACCCGCACAGUUCUUUAGAAUGUACCCUGAAUCCCGCACAGCUCUUUAGAACGUACCCUGAACCCCGCACAGUUCUUUAGAAUGUACCCUGAAUCCCGCACAGCUCUUUAGAACGUACCCUGAAUCCCGCACAGCUCUUUAGAACGUACCCUGAACCUUGCAUAGCUCUUUAGAAUCUACUCUGCAGCUUUUCAUAGACUACGCAAAACCCUGUGUAUCCUUAACCCUCUAUACAAUGAAAACAGAACCUUCUCUCCACUGAGCUGAUGUUGGGGGUUUUAUCAUGCUCUGUUUUUUCUGUUGACUGAGGAGCUGUGCACUCAGCAAUUAAAGCUGCUUUCACAAAGGAUCACAAUGGCCUUCAAGGUGCCUGUCUCCCUAAAAUAUAUAGAAUGAUUGUAAGGACCCCUCCUUCCUAAAUCCAGCCGAUCACUAUGAAUUGGAGACUUAUUAAAUCUGCUUAUACACCAUGCCAUAUACCGUAACCCUAGAUUCUGUUAUCAGGAAAUAUAUAGAGUGAUUGUAUGGACCCCUUCCCUCUAUAUCCAGCCCUGAUCACUAUGAAUUGGAGACUUAUUUAAUUUGCUUAUACACCAUGCCAUAUAAUCCUAGAUUCUGUUAUUAACAGGAAAUAUAGAGUGAUUGUAUGGAUCCCCUCUCCCUAUAUCCAGCCCUGAUCGCUAUGAGUUGGAGACUUAUUUAAUCUACUUAUACACCAUGCCAUAUAACCCUAGAUUCUGUUAUUAUCAGGAAAUAUAUAGAGUGAUUGUAUGGACCCCCUCUCCCUAUAUCCAGCCCUGAUAACUAUGAAUUGGAGACUUAUUUAAUUUGCUUAUACACCAUGCCAUAUAACCCUAGAUUCUGUUAUUAGCAGGAAAUAUAUAGAGUGUGUUAAGACACGAACCGCCAGGUAGAUGAAGCCGCCGUUUAGUAAAUAAUCCCCUUCUCCAGAAAUGCAGUUUAAAUCCAGCCGACCGCCAAACUCCCGAACGAAGUCCACGAACACGGCAACUCCCGAUCAGCAAAACAGUCGAACGCCUUCCACAGCUAAAAAUAACGAAAGCGCUGUCCCAGUAAUAAUUCCCCCACAAACGAGACCAAGCUCCGUCUUGAGGGUCAAAUGAAGAUCUGUUUAAUGGGGGCUACCUGCCCGGUAUUUAUGCAGGUCUCCACAAGGUGGACACUCCCCGAGGGGACCUUGUGGAAGACUGUAAAAUAUAUUAGACAGUAGCCAAUCGCAGUGGCUUCAAUAUAAGCCCUUCCCAUUUUACCCAUAAAUCCAUCUUCUCUACCCCGGAGAUAAUUAGGAAGAAACCCAAUUAUCUCCCAGGGUAGAGACAAUCGCCAUUUUACAUUACAGUAAUAAAAAUACAUUAAAAUACAUAACUGCAGAAAUACCGAAUGAAUAUAGUUCGUGUAACGUAUCCCCAGACAGCCUGGAUCUGAGUGCAUGUUUUCACCGAAUAGCGCUCAGAUCCGAUGUAUCUAGUCGAAUCGCCAUGGAGUCAAAGUCUUUCACCAGUCCUUCGGUAUACGAAUGACUCCAUGGGACGGCUGUCGGGGUAAAAGUCCAUACGAAUGAAUAAAAACUCCCGAACGACCGACGUUCGCAUGCCUUGUCGAAAUAGAAGGUAGGCAGCAGCUUCCAGCGGUGUUCGGUAGUUUAAGUGUCCGUUUUUAGUUCCAUCUUGUUUGUACCGAACACACGUCCGUUCGCUAUGCGUUCGUGUGUCCCAAAAUGGCCGCUGCCUCGUGGUCGACAUGCGAACGACGACCACCCGUACGAAUGGAAUGGAGAGGUGUCUGCGGUUAACCACAACGUUCUAAUUGGGGCCAAGAGGUUAACCAGCAGCACACUCCUCUCCUGGGUGGUCGUUCGUUCUGUAGUUUCAAUCGGUAGUUUGCAAAUUACACGAACGGGGUUAUACGAACAGGAAAUCCAGCGAACAAAGGGAAACAGACGAACCAGCAAUACAGAUGAAUCUGUCACAGAGUGAUUGUAUGGACUCCUUCCCUCUAUAUCCAGCCCUGAUCACUAUGAAUUGGAGACUUAUUUAAUCUGCAUAUACACCAUGCCAUAUACCGUAACCCUAGAUUCUGUUAUUAGCAGGAAAUAUAUAGAGUGAUUGUAUGGACCACCUUCUCCCUAUAUCCAGCCCUGAUAACUAUGAAUUGGAGACUUAUUUAAUCUGCAUAUACACCAUGCCAUAUACCGUAACCCUAGAUUCUGUUAUUAGCAGGACAUAUAUAGGUUCUCUUUAUUGGGCCGAGUCACGCUGUGGUGGGCUGCUGGUAAGUCAUUCUCAGUUAGUGUAAAAAUAUAGGCUGUGAUUUUGUCUCAAAUGUGAUUGUUUGUGUUAUUAAUACAUUUUGGGACCUGAACUGGAAAACUAUUUAUUUUCCUAGAAUCCUCCAUGUUUUGCAUGAUAACUGUUUGUAAACCAAACUGAACAAUUCAGCUGAUCUGUUAUUAUCCUCUUAUCGUUCCAGAGUUUGAGGCUUGGUACAAUGAAUCAUUCAUCAUCUCGGAGGACAUGCAGAACUCAAUGAAGGAGGUGGGAAGUAUCAGACCUGGCCUGAUUCCUGCUGACAAGCUGCUAUCACUGGUGAGCAGUGGGCUAGAUCACUUUAAUCCUCAAGCUUUUGGAGGGUGUGGGGAUUGGUUUACUAAAGGACAAGUGGUGGUGAGUAUUCAACCAAAUUCAUUGUAACUAUGGAAGCAGCGAACCCCACUGUUGGUGCACUUAAACUAGGAGGUGCCAAACAUCCCAAUAACAUGUACAGUGAAUCCAAUGCAGCUUGUGUACAAGAGUUUCAGAUAAGCAUCGUUAUUAAAUCAGGAGGAAAAAUUUUUUUUUUUUCCUGAUUUAAUAAAGCUGCUGAUUUGAAGCUGUUGUACAAUAAAUCCGAAGCGGCUUGUGCACACGUUAGCUGCAGUGAGACAUGAAGAGUUAAAGGGGCAACACUAAGUAACCUACCACUACAGAUGCUGCCCUGGUGAUAAUGCCUUGAGUAUCUGAGCACUACACUCCUGUUUAAUGUCAAACUGGAAACCCCUCUCCUCAGCCGCAUGGAUAGUGUGCAAUGAACACCGAGGCAUUUAUCAGUAUCAAUUAUAAGUGAAGCUGCACCAUUAAGAAUUAAUUUGUCAACAUCCCUCUGGCAUUCAAGCUGACCUUCCAAACAGAGGCUCUAGGAGAAGAAGUAUUCUAUUGGGCUAUUGUCACAUUUGAUUGGCGCAUGUGCCAGUUUUGUCUGAACAGGAAAGAGAGACACUCGCCAGUGACAGUCUCCCUGGGUUGGAGCGAUUCACCACUGGAGAUAAACAUUGAGUAAACUAUUAUUUAGUGGUAUGAGGGGGAAUGGCUGCCAGGCACCUACAUAGUUAAAGGCACACUCAAUGUCAAAACCGAAUAUCAUUCUUGAAACCUCUUGGGCCGGGGAUGCAUAGAGCCGGAUGGCGCUAAACAAUUUAGGCACCCCCACCUCUUUUUAAAAAUUAAUGCUGUUUUAAGCGACCACCUGCUCUGCCUCAUGAGAGGACAAGAGCUUUGGAUUUCUUUUGCACAUUUAGAAAAGACAAUGAGAACCAUCUAUUCAUAACUGGUUCUUUAGAGAACACCUGUGGCUAUUGUACGCCCAUUUGUUAGAUUUUCCUUAAUAUUACCCAGGGAGAAGAUGAGCAGGAAAAGUACGACAAGCUGCAGAAGGAACUGUUAAUGGAAGUUCCCGGUGCCCUUCCUUUUUAUAGCGCCAAGAACAGAUCCCAGCAAAAGGUUUGUAAUAAUCGAUUCUAAGUCUUAGUCCUUAACACCUCUCGCUAAUAUGGGGAGAAAUCGUCACUAUUAAAUCCCAUUUUGUUAACUAUGCCUUUCCCCUGAAUCAUAGUACUGUUAGUAAAUCUGUUCCUUUUGUUUCAAAGACCCCACUAUCCCCAUUAAGGUGUGGGAGACUUUCUAGCUAAAUGUCAUCCUCUGGCAGUGAGAAGAAUUUGCCUCUGUUUUCCAAAAAUGCAGAGACCUGUACAAUGUAUCCUUUACAAGAGUCUCUUAUUAUUGGGGUAGAUAGACUUCCUCACCACCAUUGUUUAAACAGUGCUCAUAUUUACCAUUUCCUUCCUGCAGCACUAUUACAGCAGAGCGGUCUCUCGCCUUCCUCCAGUCAAAAAGAAACCUGGUCUUAUAAACAGCACCAUGACGAACAAAUCUCCAUUCCCACAAAUGGCCAUGUAAGAGACCAGCAGAGUCACAAUACAUCCCCGCCAAUUUAUUACGUGGAAUCCAUUAAACCUCAUGAACGUAUUAUUCUUGCUGGUUAUAUAUUGCACCCAACAAAUGGUAUUUUUCUAUUCUGUCAGUAUAAAAUAUAAUAAAGUGCCAUCUGUAUGUAUUCCAAACGAUAAGAAAUUGAAGAAUUUGUGAAAGAUGGAAUAUUAUAACACAAGCUCUUAAUCACAUUGGCAGAAGCCCAAGGCCAUGGAUGCUUCCUAACCAAUCAGUGGGUAUCCCCAGAGUUUGCCUGGGAUUCGGGACUCUCCUUUGUCUCUGGCCCCAUAGUCUGCCACUUCAGAAGGAAUACCACUGGCUUUCAGUCCACAUAUCAGCACUUCCAUAGUGCGCUCCAUAAGGGGAGGCUUGCAUGGCUGCCUUUCUGGGUAGCUACAUGUACACUUACUAUAAAUGGUGCCUGUAACUCUGCAUGGCAAGUUUGCAAUUGGUUUUAUUCAUAAAAAGAAAAUGAAUUGAGCUUCUCUUUAAAUGGACAUUGCACACUGAACCUUUGGUCAUCAUUCCUCAGAUUUCUGUCAUAUUGUGGAACAGUGUGAUAAAAACCCAGGGGCUUCCAAUGCACCCAAAUUUCAGUUACUCCUUAAACUAGGAUAAUUCUAAACUCUAGACCAAAGUAGCUGAAUGCAGAAAAUCUGCUAUGUUUUCCAGCCCUAUGUGGGAUUUAUUCACAAAACCUAGAGCUAACUAAUAAACUGCAAAUUUUAGGUAGAAAAAAAAAUACAUUUUGCGACUCAAGUAUUUUGUAUUAAAAUUUGCAAUUCUCUAUUACGAUUCACAAUCUUGAUGCUUAGUGAAUAACCCCUUACAUGGAUCAGAAAUGGAGAGUUAGGAUCUCAUGUCAUUGUCCGGUAAGUCAGUGAUGGCAAGCCUUGCACCCCAUUAAUACUUUGAAAUAGGAGGCGUAGCUGACGUUUCUGCGCAAGGCUCCGCAACAGAAACGAGACUUGCCAAACAGGAACUUCACCCACCACCAGAGGACACGAUGGGGCGAAAGACCCCUGGAGACCCAUCGCUUGUAAGAUAUCAGUCUCUCCUUUGAAAGGCCUGUGCUGCGGCCGUUAACAAAGAUGGCGCCAGAGGGGAACAGGAUAUAUCGGAAGAACCUCACACACUCCAAAGGUCUAGAGGGGAGUGCAACUCAUCAGAACCCCCUCCACGAAGAGAGAUAUAAAGAAACUUCUGCUUGAUCUUUGGAGAGUGUGGAAAACGGACUUUCAGGUGGUCCAGGCCGAGGUGGGGGUAGUCCACAGAAAAGUGUGAGUUGUGGAGGUGAAUGAGGCAGCCAGAGAUACCCAGCUACAAGAAGCCAAGACACAAAUAGAAGGCCUGGCCUCGCAAGUGCAGAGGCUAAGCCGCACAGUGACAGCACUGGAAACCGCGCCAUAGGCGCUGAAACGUUCGCCUAAAAGGAAUCCCUGAGACGAUCAGCAACAAGAGGCUACUACAAUUUACACAGAGCCUUAUCGCCACUAUGGGAAUCAGAGGAGGACCUACCCCGCCACAGAUUACCUCAUGUUCAGAGUCCGCAGCGGCACCCGAGGGCUUUACCAGGGACGUCAUAGCCGUGACACCCGAUGUGACAGUAAGAAAUGCCAUAAUUACCUACUCUAUAACGCAAGGGACUGUAACUUUUGAGGGCUGUACAGUGGCUAUAUACGGAGACAUUUUGUUAUCAGUGCAGGUGGAAAAGAGAAAAUUAGCACAGGCUGCAUCAAGCUGGCGGAUCGAAGGCCAACACCACCACGGUGCAAAGACUGCCGAGAUUAUCGGGAGGAGCUGCCUCCUGGCGUUGAGCCCCAGAGCACAGCACACCACCCUGAACUCAAGUUAUGAACCACCCAGCCCACACGAGCAGGGUUUGGAAAACUCCAGAGUUAGCCUGAGUCUAGACACUCACCCCAGAAUGUAAAGAUGAAUACCCUUAGCAAUUCGACAUAGCUUUACAUUGUAUUAUCUCAGCAUAUUUGCCCUGUGCUAUUGUUUGAUAAAUAUGACCGUAUGUAUAUCACUCAAAUAUAUUGGGAAAAGUUGUGCAUUAUUCACAAUAACUCCAUAAAAUACAAAUUGGAAAAAAACAUUUAAAAAAAAUACUUUGAAAUAAUGGCUCCUCUGCGCAGCUCUCCUCCACCCCCUUCAAUUCUUGGAGGAAAAUAACACAUUCUAAACAGG